GUACGCCCGUGGUUAUCGAUCAAAACAUUCCGCCGGCGUAUCUUUCAUUACCACAUCUAAAUAUAAAAUUCACAUGGUUCCAGUAAAGUGGCAGCAUUUCUCAUGAAUAACUGUCUGAAUAUACAAGAUACCUGAAUUUGUGCAGUAAGCAUUUCUCAUCAGAUUUGUUUGUGAUGUCUUUACAAAAAAUUAGAUCAAUCAGAACAAGUGGUUGGGCGCCAAUAUGUACUUGGGAAUAUUCCAAGGCUAUUUGUAAUCGGCGGAGCUUCUCGAAUUUAGGAAAUGACAGCACAAAUUACGAUGUGGUUGUAGUUGGAGGUGGCAUAGUAGGGGUAGCCACUGCCCGAGAAAUGAAGGAGCGGAAUCCCAAGCUCAGAAUGGCAUUAGUUGAAAAGGAAAAUAAACUAGCCGUUCACCAAAGUGGACACAAUAGUGGUGUUAUACAUGCUGGUAUCUAUUAUAAACCAGGAUCUCUGAAGGCAAAACUAUGUCUGGAAGGUCUUCAUUUGACCUACGAAUACUGUGAUAAAAAGAAAAUUCCCUACAAGAAGGUGGGAAAACUGAUUAUAGCAACUAGUCCUCUACAAGUGCAGCGGUUACAUGAACUACAAGAAAGGGGCAUUCAAAACGGUGUGCCAGAUCUGAAAUUAUUGAAAGGAGAAGCAGCUAUCAAGGAGAAAGAACCCCAUUGCACUGGUCUAGAGGCUUUGUGGUCGCCCCAUACUGGCAUCGUUGACUGGGCCCUCGUGACAAAGCAGUAUGGAAAAGAUUUCGAAGAAAAAGGUGGCGACAUCCAUCUAAAUUUUGAGGUGAAUGGGUUCAAGAAAUCGGACGAUGCAGAUCAUCCUGUUCUAGUAACUUCAAAAUCAGGACAAACAAUUCGAAGUAAAUACAUUUUGACAUGUGGCGGACUGCAUUCCGACAAAUUAGCGGAAUUAUCUGGAUGCCCGCGAACUCCGAGGAUCGUUCCAUUCAGAGGGGAAUUUUUGUUGCUGAAACCUGAAAAAUCUAAACUGAUUAACGGAAAUAUUUACCCGGUUCCAGAUCCGAGAUUACCUUUUGUAGGUGUUCACUUCACACCUCGUAUGGACGGUAGUGUAUGGCUUGGACCGAACGCAGUAUUAGCUUUUCAGCGAGAAGGAUACAGAUGGACUGACAUUAACCCUAAAGAACUUUUGGAUGCACUAUCAUAUCCUGGAUUUUUAAAAAUGGCCUUUAGAUUCUCCGGAGCUGGUAUUUCAGAAAUUACGAAAUCAUUAUGCACCUCAAUGCAAAUCAAAGAGUUACGGAGCUUUUUUCCCUCGAUCACAGUUGAAGACGUCGUACCAGGACCAUCUGGAGUGAGAGCUCAAGCAUUGGAUGAGCAAGGAAAUUUAGUUGACGAUUUCUACUUCGACAUGAACACCAAGAACAAUGAAAAUCCAAUUGGCCACAGAAUUCUCCAUUGCAGAAACGCUCCAAGUCCAGGAGCUACCAGUUCGUUAGCCAUUGCUAAGAUGAUAGCUGAUAAAUUGAUGACUGAAUUCAGACUGAAUUAUUGCCGCUAAAAAUAAGUUUGAAAUAAUUCGAAAAAUACAAGAACUGUAUACCACAAGCGAUAGAAGCGGCCAAUGGAAAUACCCUGUCGUUGAUACAUUUUUUAUUGGCUUUCGUUUUAUCUAUAUUUACAUAUAAAUAUGUUUAUGUUAUGACAUGACUUAUUUUCUGGGUUUGCCUUCUGAAAAAUAGACAUUAUCCUGGAUCA